ACUAAUUACUACUACUAGUGUUUCUGUUUGGUCUUCUUCCAAAAGUCUCAAUCUCCCUUUCUAUUGCCGAGUCUAUUGCACCUUCUCAAAGAUUUGUUUCAUUUCUCCUUCUCUUUCUCUACAAACAGUUCUUCAUUUAUGGCCAAAGGCAGUAGUGGACUUUCUCUUGAUUCAGAUCCUAUUGCAGGUAAUAACUUCUUUCUUCAUCACCCAACUGUGCUAAAUUCUUUUCCUGAAGAUCGCCAUCAUCAUAACAGCAAGUGGAAACUCACUUCUCUCAUGGAUGCCAAGAAAUCUCCUCCUUCUAUUCCUUCAACUAUUCAGUUCCCAGUAUGUCUUAAUUCUUCUGAUUAUCAAGAGACUUCUGAUAAUAAACGAACGGUCAUUGAUGAGAUGGACUUUUUUGCCGACAAAAAACAUGAUGGCAAGACCAUUGCUAUGGCCACCACCUUUACUAAUAAUAACCGUGGUGACAAAGAUAACUGCAAUGAACCCAGCGGAUUAGAACUUAACGUAAAUACCGGUUUGAAUCUUCUUACUACUAGUGAUCAAUCCAUGGUAGAUGAUGGGAUAUCUUCAAAUAUGGAAGACAGAAGAGCUAAAAGUGAGCAUGCCGUUCUUAAAGCUGAACUUGAACGGUUGAAUGCGGAGAAUCAACGUUUAAGAGACAUGCUAAACCAGGCUACAAGCAAUUACAAUAUUCUGCAGAUGCAUUUGAUAACACUUGGCCAACAGCAAGAAAAAAAAUCUGAUGAACAAGGGGAAGAAAAGAAACAAAUCGGAGGUUUUUUAGCACCUAGGCAGUUUGUCCAUCUUGGUUUGGCUACUAAUACAGCAGAUAACGAUGAGCCAUCGCAUUCUUCAUCAGAAGGAAGGAGUGGUGAGCGUGUCGGGUCAGAAAAAAACGAAGAGAAUGGUGUUUCAUUUGAUAAUAAACAACUUCUUAGAAGAGAUGAUAGCCCAGAUCAAGGUUAUGGGGCUAAUAAGGUUCCUAAAUUUAAUCCUUCUUCCAAAAAUGUUGAUCAAACUGAGGCUACCAUGAGGAAGGCACGCGUAUCGGUUAGAGCUAGAUCGGAGGCUCCCAUGAUCAAUGAUGGGUGUCAAUGGAGAAAGUAUGGACAAAAGAUGGCUAAGGGAAACCCUUGUCCUCGAGCAUACUAUCGAUGCACCAUGGCAGCCGGUUGUCCAGUUAGAAAACAGGUACAAAGAUGUGCUGAUGAUCGAGAAAUUUUGGUCACCACAUAUGAAGGUAAUCACAGCCAUCCCUUGCCACCAGCUGCAAUGGCUAUGGCAUCAACAACAUCAUCAGCAGCGCGACUGCUACUAUCGGGCCCGAUGUCAAGUGCUGAUGGAAUAAUGAACCCAAAUUUUCUGGCAAGAACUCUCCUCCCAUGCUCCUCUAGCAUGGCGACAAUAUCAGCUUCAGCCCCUUUCCCCACUGUGACGUUAGACCUUACACAGACUCCCAACCCCUUACAACUCCAAAGGUCACCAAACCAAUUUAAUAUUCCAUUUCCAAACUCACCUCAGAAUUUUGCCAAUACUCCAGUUGCUUCAUUGUUGCCUCAAAUAUUUGAACAGGCACUUCUUAACCAAUCAAAAUUUUCUGGCCUACAAAUGUCUCAAGAUAUGGACACUUCUCAAUUGGGUCAUCAGUCACAACUGCAACCACCAGCAUUGCAACAAGGCCAACCUAAGUCAUCCUUUACUGAUACUGUAACUGCAGCCACCGCGGCCAUUGCAGCUGAUCCCAACUUCACUGCUGCUGUAGCUGCAGCUAUCACAUCUAUCAUUAAUGGCGGUGCUCACCCAAACAACAUUAUCAACAGCAAUACAAUCCCGGCAAAUAGCAAUGGCAAUUUUACUCCUAGCAACAGCAAUAGUAAUGGCAAGUUUUCAAGUGAAUCGAAGUAAAUUAAGUUGCUCUAGACUCUUUAUAAUUUCUUUUUUAUUUUUUCUUUUUUAAAUUUUUAUUUUUUCCCUUUCUUGGAUGGAAGAAACAGAAGUUAUAUAUAGGUCUGUUAUUCUUGAAUAAUUCCGCCAUGUAAGUAAAUACAAGUAAAAAAAUAUUGCAGAAAGAAAGAUUAAAAAAGUAAUGCAUAUUGGAUUAUAAUUGUAUGGUCGAGGAAAUGAAAAGAAACUGCUCCAUAAUUUCUAUCC